GCUAGUUAUGUUAUGAAAUAAAAAUUCAGAGACAGAACAAACUCAAUAUUAUAUUAUUCAAAAUGAUACUACGGAGAACUUUGUGCUUAUUGGAUCCUUUGAGAUCUUCCGUUCUACUGAAUUAUCCCGGAGUGGCUGUGGCAUUUCCAACUGUAGAGGCUUGUAUGUUUUCAACUAAUAAUUCGAAACCAGAUCCCAUUGAUCAAGUUGAUAAAUAUGGGAAAAACAUAAGCAAAGCCAUGAAGUCUUAUUUAGAACGUGCACAUGAACAUGAUGAAUUCAUGAAGACACAGAGAGAAGAAUUCCAAAUUGGUAAAAGACAUUUAGCUAACAUGAUGGGUGAAGAUCCAGAAACAUUCACACAAGAAGAUAUUGAUAAUGCUAUUGAAUAUUUGUUUCCUUCUGGAUUAUAUGAUAAAAAAGCUAGGCCCCUCAUGAAACCUCCAGAAGAAGUAUUCCCUCAACGAAAAGCUGCAGAAUUUGAUGAGACUGGAAGACCUCAUCAUUUUCUGUUCUAUACAGGAAAACCAAACUACUAUCAAGUUUUGCAUAAUAUUGUUCAACACAUCAAUGAUCUGUACAAAUAUGAAAACACUAUGCUUAGAAAAGGUUUGAAGCCUGAUCCUAAUUCAACUCUUGAACUUUCUGGAUAUCAAUGGCUAGACAAAAUGUCCUUAGAAAACACAUUAGUAGAAACUCUAGGAGACAAAGACUAUGACUGUUUUGUUACUGCUAUAGAACGCUUAAGCUGUUUACCAUAUUCCUACAGGGUCAAAGAUUUCAUAUUCCAGUAUACUAAACCUCUCAUGAAUCAGGUCCAAACUUAUGAAGCUCCAAAACCACAAUAUGAUUCAGAAGGAAGAGCUUAUGUUACAACAUAUGAAUGUCUACGUAAAACUGCAAGGGGAGAUGUAACCAUUAGAAUGCCUGGAACAGGUAACAUUAGUAUCAAUGGUAAAGAUAUAACAUAUUUUGAAGAUAUUCAAUCAAGGGAACAGCUGCUCUUUCCACUGUUAUUUACAAAUAUGCAAACUAAGGUCGACAUCGAGUGUAAUGUAGCAGGUGGAGGUCCUUCAGGACAAUCAGGCGCCCUCAGAUGGGGGAUCGCAUGGGGCCUUAGAAGUUUUGUUGAUAAAGAGAUGAUCGAGAAAAUGAGACUUGCUGGUUUACUAACGAGAGAUUACCGUACGAGAGAAAGGAAGAAGCCUGGUCAAGCAGGAGCUAGAAGAAAGUUUACUUGGAAAAAACGAUAAUUUAUAUGUGUUCUAUGCUGUCGUGUUCUAUUGAGAAACAAAUAAAAACAUGUUUAUGAGGAGCCUGUAGUUAGGUAUUGCUAUUAUGUCUACACCUUGUAUUAAUUUGAUAGAUUAUACACAUUCAAGGAACUAUUAAAAUAUUGUUUUUAUACAGUUUUAUAUAUACAAGUUGCUCAACAUGAAAUAGUGUUGUAAAAUGUUUGGAUCGUUUGUAACAUUCUAAAAUAAACAGUAGGCAACAAAUAAAUGUACAUUCUAAAAUAAAACAGUAGGCAACAAAUAAAUGUAUGGCGUAUGCAUUAAAUAACACUUGAA